AGAGAGAGAGAGAGAGAGAGGGAAGACAGGUUUCAGAACAGAACUUUAUACAUUCUCUUAGUUUCAUAGUCAUACAACACACCUGGGAUGAUGGUGCGCUGGCCAUUCUGGCCCACUCUGAUCCUCAUCUUCAAUUUUACAUUGUGGCAUGAUGGUGAGGCACAGAAAGUGUUCAUUAUUGACUCGGUAAAGCUGACCAUCCUUCCAGCAACCAUGGUGGACAGAGGCAGCAACCUGACACUCCGCUGUGAAGUCAAAGUCAGCCACAGUUCCUCACAACUCAUGCACACUCUAAAGUUCCUGAGGGAUGAAAGAGUGGUCUACUCCAAAAACACGACUGAUGCUGUGGUGGACUACAGCCUAGUCCCAGCCAGGGCUUCCCACUCAGGCCUUUACAUAUGCCAAGUCCAAAUCGACAAAAAGGAGAUGAAGAGCAAGCCAGAGAGAAUCACUGUAAAAGGCCUUCAGACUCCAUUGCUGAAUGUACAGCCCAGCAUUGUGAAUGAGGGGGAUGAAGUUGUGGUCACAUGCAGUGCACCAGAUGAAACCGGUGGUCUGAAUAUCUACUUCUACAAGAACAAUACAGAAAUUAAACAUGACCAUACCAAUAAAAAUUCAGCAACUUUUAAAGUUAAAGUUCAGGAAACUGGAUUCAACAUCUUUCAUUGUAAUUACAUGCUAAUGCUGCACCCCACUGCAGGCUUUUCCAACAACAGCAAAAAUGUGAAAAUCUUUGUGAGAGCACUUGAGAUAACACCAUCAAUAAGAAUUAUUCCUAAAGCCGAUGUUGUGGAGGGCGACCGGGUGGGCAUUUUUUGUAAUGUUUCAGAUUAUUCCCGAAAUGAUCUUGAAGUCUUCCUGACCAGUGACACUGUGUUGCACAAAUCCCAUCGGUCAUUUGAAUACAGCUUUGUUGCAAAAGAAAAUAAUUCUGGAGAAUAUGUAUGUAAAACUGAAUGGCGCAAUGUCCAGAAGAGUUCCAAAGCCCAGCUGAAGGUAAAAGAGUUGUUUUCCAGGCCUGUGCUAAGUAUGACUCCAGAUUAUGUGUUUGAGGGACAAAAAUUCACCCUAAAAUGUAAGAGUUUAGCUAUCUCGGAACCCCAAAUUAAUGUGAAGUACACUCUGUAUAAAGACAAGAAAAAACUAAGCAGCUCCAGUACCUUGGCAAACAAAGACAGCAGUGGGACUUACUACUGCGAGGCUGAAGCUAAUAACAUCACCAAAGCCAGCACAACAUUGGUUGUUAAUGUUAAAGUACCUGUUUCAGUUCCAGCCAUUCACACAGUUGGAAAGAUAAUCAUAGGGCAGCCUUUUCAGCUUCAGUGUGAGAGUGAACAAGGAACACUUCCAAUCACCUAUACCUUACUGAAGUCUGGUCAGCAAAUCGAAUACAAGACAGUGACUGGUCCUCAACGUAGUGCUUUAUUUAACAUCUCCUCCACCAUUAGUGACAAAAAUGAGAUCCGUGACUUCACCUGCCAGGCUGAAAAUCAAGGGGCAACUAUCAGUAAAUCUAGUUUGCCUCUCAAUGUACCAGUUAUAGAAACUGUGUCCAAACCACACUUGACUCUUAAAACUAAGAACAACAAGGUCUCUGAAGGUGAAGAUCUCAUUCUCGACUGUAGCGUGGACAAAGGAACAGUCCCAAUCACCUUUACCUGGUACCGUACUGAAGUUGUGAAGCCUCUGAACACUACACAUAUAAACAACACAAAAGGAUCACACAUCAUCAAGUCUAUAACCCGUGAUUAUGAAGGACGCUACUUCUGCGAGGCCUCUAAUGAUGCUAAUAAGAAAAUGAGAAGUCAUUCUGUCCCCAUCGAAGUGAAGUUGGCAGGAUGGAAGAAGGCCCUCAUUGGUGUGUCCUGUAUUUUAAUUUUGGUGCUCAUUGUCAUCAUUCUUCUCGUUUUCCUCAAGAAAGCACAUACGCCUCAAAAAAGAAAAAAAGCAGUCGAGUUGUCUGUAAAGCCUGCACGUGCAAAAUCCACCGAUCCCAUGAGAGUGAGCCUUACGCUUGACAUUGAGGAUAAUACUGUAGGCAAUGCCACUCCUGGUAUCAUGGGCCGAAAUGUGUGGAGUGAUAAUGUAUCACACUCAGAUUCUGAUAAAGAGAGCGAGAAGGAAGAGUCAGAGAUUUCUCAAGACGCUGACAAGCCACCUCUACAGAAUGUGACCCCUGGUGGAGAGCUUGUUACGGAUGAUGCAGACACAGCGAAAGGUGAUAUCCAGGACAUCACCCAAGAUGAAAAGGCUCAAGUCAGUAAUGAUGUGGAGUAUGUUCAUCUUAAUAACUGUGAGCCGGCCCCUGAGUAGAGUCCCUCUGUGCUAGAUAUGGGACAUGUAAUGCACAUGUAAUUUAUUCAGUCUUCCACUCCUGCUCCACCUGCCUGCCAGUGAAGAGACCCUACAAUUGUUGUAUACAUUUCUAUGCCAUUUUUUAUCAGUCAGGGCUAUUUUUGUAUCUAACGUGAAUUAGUGAGGCUGCACUAAUUCACUCAUUGUGUUGUAAUAUGACUGUUGUAUUGCUGAGAAUAAAGGCUGUGCUUCAAACGAGA